AUGAAAAUUCUAAUCAUUAAUGGUUAUGGAAAGAGUUACAAAGGAAUGAAAAACUUUGAGCAAUACAAAUUGAUAAUCAAAGAAGCUUUGCUUAGUAAAAAAGAGAUGAUAGAUACUGAAAUUGAUUUCAUUAUUCGUGACAGAGAUUCUAUUGAUGAUUUGUUGUAUGAAAUAGAUAGUUCUUUUGUGAGAGUUGAAUGUGGCAAAAUGUUUGAUUCAAUAGAUAUUAUAUUUUUUGAAGGAGAUGCAAAUCUUAGACCAUGGUCUCCAAAUGCAUAUAAAGUAUUAAAUUCAAUAUCAAUUAGUAUUUAAUUUUUUUAAGGAUGUGUCUUAGAAGUAACAAGAUCCUUUUUGCAUCAUCAUUUGCCAUGUAAGGUUUAGUUUUCUUGAUAGCAUCAAAUGUUGAGUGUGUAUUAAUAAUUUUAUUUACUAGUAAAUAAGCGUUAUUAAUGGAUUAAAUGGAGGAUAAUUGGGGGAUUUAUCAAAGAUCAAAAAAGAUUUAACUGAUAUUAAAUAGACAGAUUUCUUUCUUGACAAUGUAACAGGAGAUUUAUAUGGAUUUAAUUAUGAUACAGGUGAAUGGGUGAGUAAAGGAAAUGCUGGAAUUCAUUUUAGAAAAGCUGCUGAGGAAUUUAAAACAAUUGGUAAAUAUAUUAUGAAAGCACCUCAAUAUAAGGUUAAAGGAAUGAAAGAAUUAGAUGCCUUAUAUGUAUCUAAAGAGAAUGAAAUUGUUUGUUCUUUAAGAAAAAAUCAAAUGCAUCAUUUCUUAUUUAAUGAUGUACCAUUUGAAUUUGUUGUACCUUAUAAAAAUUCAUGGGAUGUGCAUCCAUUCAAUUUUGUAAAUCCUAAGAAAACCUUUUAAACUUUGGCUGAUUGUACGAAAGGUAUAUAUAUUUGUAUUUCUAUUUAUAGGACCAUUAAUAAUAUAGAUAUCUGAUAAUAUUAUAGGGACAUAAUUUGCUAUAAAAAGAAAAUAUAAAGAUACAACAGUUGUAUUAAAGAAUUUAAUGGGAUAUUAAUUAACUAAAUUAUGUUCAGGUUAAGCUCAUUCAAUACCAAUAGAAAUUGCAUCUAUAAAAUAAAAUGAUAAUGCUAUGGAUAUAUUUCUUGAACAUAUGAGUAAAAAUAAAUAUUAAGCUCAUUAAAAAACAAUAAAAUUUAAUGUGAUUACUGAAUUUCAUCAUGCUGGUUAUGCUGCUAAGAAAUCUGAUAAAUUAGAUGUUGUUGUAAAUAAUGCAAUAGGAAAGAGAAGAUUCAAAUAACAAAUUUAAAAAUUGCCAAGUAAAGAAUUAGAUAAAAUAUUAUCAGUAUAUAUAUAUAUUAUUUUAUUUAGAAUGAUAAUUCAUAUAGAUAAACUGCUAGAACUUCUAAUAAUCAAUCUCGAAAAUUUGUUUCAUUUACUAAUACUUAAAAUGGAUUAAAUUCCCCUUUAAAAGGUUAAACAUUAACUUAAUUUGAUGAUCAAAUUGAAUAAAAACCAUAAUUUCAUAAAACAUCUGGUGAAAUAAUGAAAUUACUUCAUCCAUCAAUUGAUGAUUCUUUAGUUGAAUCAAAUAAUAAAUAAAUGUGGGUCCCUGGAUUUUUAUCUUAAAAUAGGGGAAUUAAAUUAUCAAAUCAUAAUCCAAAAGAAUGUUGGAAUUAAAAGUUAAAUUUAAGAAAACCAUUCUAAAAUCCUUUGCAAAUUGAAACAUAAUUUGAUAAUAUUUAUAAAACAUAGAAAUAACUUGAAUUAGAAGAGGAAAGAGAGAAAAACAAAAAAAUCAUAGGAACUAAACAAUUUCGUUGUGGCACUCCUGCAUAAUCUAAUUUGAUUACAACAUAUAUCAGUAGAAAUUAAUCAGUACCAUAACAUCAAUUUAGGAUGAUUGAAAAAGUAAAAUGGAUAUCUCCACAAGAUUUUAAAGUUUGA